CAUUGUGAUUAUUGGAACUUAUACUUAUAUAUAUAAUUAGUUGUGUGUGUGUGCUUGUCGUAAGAGAUCGAUCAUUAUGGGAUCAAUGGCUCAGAAGUCAGUUUUGAUGUUAUGCGGAGAGUUCAUGGAAGCAUAUGAGACCAUAGUACCUCUCUACUUCCUCCAAGCGUUUGGUGUUAGCGUCCACUGCGUUUCUCCUGGUCGCAAAACUGGCGACAAGUGCGUCAUGGCGGCUCACGAUCUCCUCGGCCUUGAGAUAUACUCCGAGUUGGUGGUCGAUCAUCUAACACUGAACGCAAACUUCCAUGAAGUCAUCCCGGAGCAAUACGACGCCAUCAUCAUUCCCGGUGGACGUUUCACGGAACUUUUGAGCACUGACGAGAAAUGCGUCAGCAUGGUGGCUCGAUUUGCUGAGCUUGGGAAGAUUAUUCUCACGAGCUGCCACAGCCAGCUGCUGUUGGCGGCGGCGGGUAUACUCGGCCGUGGAAUGAAGUGCACGGCGUUCGAAAGCAUGAAGCCUCUUAUCGAGCUCUCCGGCGGCUCGUGGUGGCAACAGCCCGGUGUCCAAACCCUUUUUGACAUUACCGAUUGUGUCAUGGACGGAAAAUUUAUUUCAACUUUGGGGUGGCCAACGCUUGGAAACACUCUCAGGGUUUUGUUAGAAUCAAUUGGCUCUAAGAUUACUUGCUGCAAGGAGACUCAGCCUUCUUUGCUAUUCUUGAUCGGGGAUUGUGUCGAAGAUUACAGUAUCAACGUACCAUUUAAAGCGUUUCAAGCUCUGGGAUGUAAAGUGGACGCAGUGUCACCUAACAAGAAGAAAGGUGAUAAAUGUGCUACCAUCGUUCACGACCUCGAGGAGGGAAGGCAACUUCCUACCGAGAAGUCCAGCCACAACUUCUAUGUGACUGUCGCCUGGGAAGAUGUCUCUGUGGAUGAUUAUGACUGCAUUGUGGUUCCGGGAGGAAGGUCGCCGGAGCUCUUGGUGAUGAACGACAAAGCCGUCGGAUUAAUCAAGAAGUUUGUCGAGAAGGGCAAGUUUGUUGCUGCCAUUGGAAUGGGAAACUGGCUACUUGCCGCUACCGGCGCUCUUAAGAAGAAGAGAUGUGCAAUUGGUUAUGGGACAAAGGUGGCUGUGAAGGUUGCUGGCGGUCAGAUCUUGGAAUCAGAGCAGUGUGUGACGGACGAUAAGCUGGUCACAGCCGCAACAACUUCUGAUUUGCCUGCCUUUGUGCAUGCAUUGUCGACUGCACUUGGUCUCUCUGUUGUAUUCUAAAGUCGAAGUGGAGGUUUUAAACGCACAAUAAUGAAUCUCAUUUUAACAUCUAGGUGAUGUUAUAAGCGAAUUCACUGGCAAACAAAUAAUAAACGUAUUUUUAGAAAUAAUGAUAUGUAUAUUUGCAUUCGAAUAUGUUUAGGAGAAUAAUGUGGAUGAGCAAGUCUUACAA